GAGGCGGUGCGGGGGCGGCCGCGGUCCGGCGGGCGGCAGCCGUGCGGGUCUGUGCGGAGCGACCGUCCCGAUGGCAGCGCUGAAGUACGCGGGGCUGGAGGACACGGAUAGCGAGGAGGAGCUGCCGCCGGGCUGGGAGGAGCGCACCACCAAGGACGGCUGGGUUUACUACGCCAAUCACCUGGAAGAAAAAACACAGUGGGAACAUCCUAAGUCUGGGAAGAGAAAACGUGUUGCAGGAGGUCUGCCAUAUGGAUGGGAGCAGGAGACUGAUGAAAGUGGACAGGUCUAUUUCGUAGACCACAUAAACAAAAGAACUACCUAUCUGGAUCCGAGAUUGGCCUUUACAGUUGAAGAUAAUCCAGUAAAGCCACCUACUAGACAAAAAUAUGAUGGUAACAGUACUGCGAUGGAAAUACUUCAGGGUCGUGACUUGAGUGGAAAAGUGGUUAUAAUCACAGGAGCAAAUUCGGGAAUAGGUUUUGAAACGGCCAAGUCUCUUGCGCUGCAUGGGGCUUACGUUAUCCUGGCCUGCAGAAAUAUGUCAAGAGGCAACGAUGCUGUACAGCGCAUUCUUGAGGAAUGGCAUAAAGCCAAGGUAGAAGCGAUGACCUUAGACCUUGCUUCUCUUCGCAGUGUGCAGAACUUUGCUGAAGCAUUCAAAUCCAAGAAUAUGCCUCUUCACAUUCUGGUCUGCAAUGCCGCCAUGUUUGGUGCUCCAUGGAGUUUGACGGAGGACAGCCUGGAGUCCACCUUCCAGGUGAACCAUUUGGGGCACUUCUAUCUCGUCCAGCUGCUGGAGGAUGUCCUGCGCCGCUCCUCCCCUGCCAGGGUGGUGGUCGUGUCCUCAGAGUCACACAGAUUUACAGAGAUUAAAGAUUCCUCUGGAAAACUUGAUUUCAGCCUGCUUUCUCCAUCUAAGAAGGAGUACUGGGCUAUGUUGGCCUACAAUCGUUCCAAACUUUGCAAUAUACUGUUUUCCAACGAGCUGAACCGACGCCUUUCUCCCCAUGGGGUGACGUCUAACUCAGUCCAUCCUGGAAAUAUGAUUUACUCCUCCAUUCACCGUAACUGGUGGGUGUAUACCCUGCUGUUUACCUUGGCUCGACCUUUCACCAAGUCCAUGAGUGCGAGGGUAAAGGAAGUGAGGACUGAAUCAAGGAGGUCUGUAGAAAUGUGGAAGGCAGAUGGGAGCUGCAACAAGGAGCUGCCACGACUGUGUACUGCGCGACGGCCGCCGAGCUGGAGGGGCUGGGUGGGAUGUACUUCAACAACUGCUGCCGCUGCCUGCCCUCGGCCGAGGCUCACAAUGAGCUGACGGCCGCGGCCCUUUGGGAGCUGAGCGAGAGGCUGAUCCGCGAGCAGCUUGGCAGGCGGUCCCCGUGACGGAACGCCCCGCAUGCUCGGAACCUGCCAGCGCUGGAGCCCGUCCAAUCUUAUCAUCUAGAGGGUUUCCGUAUACCUCCGAUAGAGAUUAACCAGUGUUAAAUGAAAUAAUAGCAGUCACAACAUAGUGAAAAAUGUUAAGUACUAAUGGGAAAUGGGGAAUACGGCGGGUUAAAGGGACAAUGCGGCUUCCUGGGGCUUAGUUAGUCGUGCUUCUCUUCUUUUGAUUAUAGCCUGUUCAAAGUGUAACCCAAGGAGGCGUGCUUUGUGCUAUUGCAGAAACGCGGUGCCACAGAUAUUCUCUGUUGUUUUGAUUAAUGGGUUAGGUAGGUAGCCCAAUAUGGGAUUUCCUCUUUAUUUUGAUAAUUACUGCCUGUUAGGCUGUAGGUAUCGAUCGGGAUAUGGUAGUGAUGUUGAUUCCUUUUCCCUGCAAGGAUUUUUUAGGGUGUGGUGAGUAAAAAGGUUAUUAGGGAAAGAGAUCUCUCCUGCCCUUGACUGUUGGCUGCAAAUACUUCCAUGCUAUCUAAAAACAGAGGGUGCAAGAAGGCUUCUGAACAGAGAUGUCAAAAUCACAGCUAAUUAAAUAUUUCUUUUGUCUUAAAAGAUUAUAAUAAAAGAUACUUUAUAAACCAUUCCCUAAUAUAGAAUUAGCAAAGAUGAUGUUGUCUUCUAAAGAACGCACAGGGUGUAAUCAGGGGGUUAAGUGGUAUUUUCAUCCUUUUCUCACUUCACAGUUUUAAGGAGUUUGUUUUUUUCUUGGAAAAUUCACAGUUUCUCAGUUCUCCUGAUACUGUAUCCCAAUCCAAAUUUCUCUAUUUUUCUUUAAAUUUAAUAAAACAACAUGCUUGCUUGAAUACUGUCACCUGAAGAGAAAGUUUGUCUCAUUUCUGCAAAUGUCUUAGUUAAUUUUUUUUUUCUUAGAAAAGAAAACUUGAGGAAAAAUAAAGAGCUUCUCGUUGAUACCAAGAGAA